UUACGUAAAACUAGAACCAAUUUUUUCUUUACUCGAAACACAAUACUCAUACUCUGAUAUUCCUCAACAGCACGCAACAGCUCACCCUCGUCUAUUUAGCUCCACACCCCGUGCGUUGAAAGCCCUUUGAUAAAUUCGGAGGUGCUGAAACGCUGUCAGCGAAACCCUUGUGGUCCUAGAUGCCAGAUGUGACGUCAGCCGCGGGCCAGGAGCCCCUCCAGAUCAGCUGGCAUAGCAACAACUACGUCGCAAAUUCCGUUCAGUCGUCGUCGAUUUCGGGCCGAAACUUUGACUCUGCCAGCUCUGAGGACGCUGCCUGCGACAGCCCGGAGGCGGACAGCGACGGAGGCGGCUCCAGGGGUGGAUGGGAGCGUGGGGGUGGCCUUUCCUCGAGCAGAUCUGAGCCAAGGACGAGCAUGUCGGCCGAGUCAGGUACCAAGGGGCUUAAGGAAGGCCUCAAGGUGCGGCCACAGCCUGUCAGCGACAAGACCAUUCUUGAAAGUGUCGCUGGUUUCAUCAAUGAGGUUGUGCCGCAGGGCUACAUGACGGGACAGCAGGUCGACAGCAAGGAUGCCAUCCUGUGGGCUCGUUUCGAGACCAUGGACGCCAACGACCCGCAACUCUUGGGGGACGCUGGGGUCGGAGGGCCGCCUCUUCUGCUGGUGCUCGGCUACGCGGUGGGCGUGCAGAUUUGGCUCGUGCCAGCCUCGGGAGAGGCCACUGAGGUGUUUUCCCGCAGGCAAGGCGUCGUCCAAAUCCUCCGUCUCAUACCGUCCCCGGAGCCCCGUCGCGCGCAAGAGGGUGAUUUGGUUAAGAAGCGACCUCUCAUCGCCCUGUUUGACAGUGCUAAUUUGGCUAUAUGCUCCUUGAAGACUGGAGAGCAGGUAAAAGUGAUUCCAAACAGGAGUAUCUGCGAAAUUCUGGUGAACCGUGAUUGCAUUGCCAUCAUGACUCCAACUAAAAUCGAGCUAUUGGACACGGUUCGCCUGGAAAAGAUGUUUGAUAUCAGUACCUGCUACGUGUCCCCCGGCCUCAAUCCCAACCCCGUCGCUCUGGGAGCCCGCUGGCUCGCGUUUGCUGAUAGCCGUCUUUCUCCAUCAGUUCGUUCUUCUGGAGGUGCAGAGCUCGAAGGCGUUCCAUCUUACACUGCAUCUAUGCUGCAAGCUGCUAAAACACUUGGGAAGGGUAUCAGAGAGGUUGCCUCGAGCUUGACUGGCCAAAAGAUGGUCCAGGCAGCGCCUGCGCUGGACGCAAGUACUCCUGGAGUAGUGACCGUGCUAGAUACAUCCAAAGGUGUUGACGAUAUGGAGCAAGCUGCAGUUGCCCACUUUGUUGCCCAUGCAGCUCCCAUCGUGCACAUGACUUUCGAUUCGUCAGGCAGUUUGCUGCUCACUGCUGACAAGAACGGCCAUGACUUUCACAUUUUCCAACUACACCCUCACCCAUGUGCAAGCUCUCUCGGAGCUGUCCACCACCUUUAUGUUCUUCACAGGGGCGACACAACAGCCAAGGUGCAAGAUGUCUCUUUCUCCAUUGACAGUCGGUUUUGCGCUGUCAGCACCUUGAGAGGAACUACUCAUGUGUUCGCCAUCAACCCGUAUGGUGGGGCCCCCACCAUGCGCACGCAUGGGUGCAACGCCAUGGUCAACCGCCUCAGCAGAUUCCACCGCAGCGCCGGUCUGGACGACCCCCUCCCUUGCCCCAACCCACGACUUCCGCCAUACCCCAAGCCUACUGUUCUUUUCCCGCUGGUCCAGCUCCGCCAGCCUCUUGCCGCCUCGGCGAUCAACCCUGCCAUACAAAGCAGUCAAAGACCUGGCCAAGGUCGCACAUCAUCUGACGAAGGGCUGCCACUAAGGGUGGCCGCCACUUUUUCAGGACCAAGGGCCUGGCUAGCUGGCCCAGGAGUCAUGCUGGGUCGAGAUCGUGAGAAACGAAAGCCUGCCGUAGCGCUCUUUGUGGUUGCGUGCCAUGGAAACUUGAUUGAAUAUCAUCUGGAGCCGAAACCAACGCCUGGUAAAGAGAAGCAUGGAGAUGAAGCUGGUAUUGUGUUGGAGGUUUCUGCCAAAGCGCAAUGGUCUUUGCAGCGUCCGCAGCAAAGUCCGAGUUACAAAAUCGCCCUCGAUCCUGAAAAUCCUCUGAUGCUUGGCCAUAAUUUGAUUAAACCACUGCGGCAAAAGAAGGACAGCAACGACUAUUGGCUUUCUCAGGUUGAAAUUCACACUCAUGCUGGCCCACACCGCCGUCUCUGGAUGGGACCCCAAUUUACCUUCAAGACUUACACAACCACGAAAACCGCCAACGGCAUCAUUGAGCGAGAAACGAUGGACGUGGGCACGAGCAGUCGUCCUGCCAGAUCCCAUCCAGUCAACAUGCCAAGCAGUGGUACUAUUCCGGUGCUCAUCGAGUCUGGCUCGUGCAGUAGCUACGACCAGUCUCCAAGGCUGAUGGAAAUGUGCAGCCACCCUGAAGGCGAUCUCUUUUCCGGUGUGUCUAGGCUGAGGGAUGAUUUGGCUGAAGCGAUGAUCGAAAGCCCUGCUGGUUUUGCAACGAAAGAACCAGGACGCCCACGUGCUGGUCGCUGUCCGUCCGUCGACGAAGGGAUGCCUCGGGUUCAGAUCACAAUCGCGGCUACUCUGCAGACGCCGGACACACCCCGUCUGCCAACCGCUAUCUCUGAAGCCGCAGAGGAUGAGCAAUUCGUGGAGGCCCUUCCAGGACAAGAGACACCCCCUGUCGAGGAGCUUGAAGAGUUGCAAAUCUCAGAUGAGUCCUUUGAGGGUGUGGAGGAGCCUCCAGUGGAGGAACCUGUCCAAUUGGAACUGCUCCCCGCAGAGCCUUUUGAGGAGGUACCUACCAUUCUGGAUGAGCCACCCACUGUCGAGGUCAUCACUGAAUUACCUGAUGAAAAUCAGGAGCCUCUUCGUGGGGUGCUCAGCAACAGCAACAAAACCAAGGGCAAGAAGGCAAAGAAGAAGAAGAAAUAACGUAACGUGUUUGAUAGCUUGUUAAUGUGAGUCUGUGUAAGUUCUCACAGGACCAAUUUGUUUGAUUAGGGUGUGCACAUUUGCCUUCUCUUACGUUUGUGCUGGCCAUUUGCUAAACCUAAAAUUAACUCGCUGAUCGAACCUAUCAUCUAAUCCUUUUGCAAAAGUCGAUUUUGAUUUAAUAAUUGCUUAUUAACGGAUAUAAGUUUUUUAUGUUAAUUUUAUUUACCAUUUUCGGGUAACCUUGAUAUUUUUGCUGACCAUAUUUUUAUGGCAAAGUAACGUUUAAGUGAAUUAUUGUAUUGUGAUUAUGUGCUUAUGUUUACCCGUUUUAUUCCUUAAUUUAAUUAGUGUCACUUAAUUUUGCUAGUGCACUCGUUUUUAAUAAACCAUGUAUGUACAAUAAUCAUUAAUGGCCAGCACUAGAAUGCUAUUUUAAUCUCUCUUCUAUAAGUAAGUGAGAAAAUUGCCAAAAAAAGUAUUAAAAUGUAAAAGAAAUGACGGCAGCACUGCUGACCACCAGACUGUGAAAGAUUUUUGAGAAAAACAGACACCCUCAAAUUGACUGAAUCAAAUCUCCCUAUUCGUUCAACAAACCUUUUGUUGAUUACAAGACCCGUAAGAUUCUGUAAACAAUCAUUGCUCCUUCAUGAAGAAAAAAUAUGACAACCACUACACACACGUGGAUAGUAAUUUCAAACAAAAUUUAGCAAGCUAGCUUGUUAAAGACAUAUCAUUUCACGAGUUUUCACAAACUCUACCAAACUCGAGGCCCAAAUUGAUAUGUAACGUAUGAAAACCAAGAUUAUGAAGAAGCAAUAUUAUCUGUUAUCCUUUGAUCUCGAGAAUUUUGGGUGUUCCAAACUAAGCCCCAUACGCUAAAUGAUUUUAAUUUAUUAAUUUAUUUGUUCACUGCCCGGUGCCUGUCGAAUAAAAAAGCUUAGUUAUUAUAUUUAAGUGUAUUGUAACAUAAUUAACUUGAGACAAAAAUAAUGAGUUUCCCUAUGUAUUUCAACCAAUUUGACACAAAUUGUAUCUCUAGAAACACCAUGUUAACCACACAACCAGUGAGUAUUGGCGCUAAUUAAAGCAUGGAAAUGCAGACAUGAACCAUUGUAGCUAUCCCAUCAGCUUUUUUACGAACAAACACAAACUAUAUAUAUAUAUAUAUAUAUAUAUAUACUUUACAUAUAUAUAUAUGCUCAAAACGUUGUGACUAAUUUCGCUGGAUUCCAGUUUGUGCAACUGUGUCUGCAUUUCCACGCUUUGGUUGCUGCUCUGUUUUCAGAAACAGUAAUUUAAGACUGACAUAGUUCAACCAGUUAUUGUAUAGACACACAGCAACAUCAUUCGCCUAUUAAAUUGUUAAUUGUUGCCUUGACAAGUCACGUGGAAAGCAAUUUUGUCAGUGUGAGAUUUUCAGCACUCCCAUGUUGUGUCCAUUAACGAUUUUUUGCGUAAAAUCAGGAAUCGACUACUCAGCCAAUGUGUGCGUGUAUUAACCAGACAUAUAUUUAUUGACUCUCGCCAAUGAUUUAUUUAUUGUUCGCAAAAUAAAGAGAUGGUUAUUUUAAUUGCAAACCA